AUGCGUCUUCUCCACUGCUCCACUUUUCUAUUUUCUCUGUUUUCUACCAUUGUUGUCGUUUUCGCUUCUGAUGAAUCUGAUGUCGAGGUAAAACCAGCUUUGAGUCCAUGUAAAAGAAUCAAUCCAUGUGGAGCCACAAUUUCAACAUAUCCACUUUUGGAACCAGAUGCCGAGGAGUCUUCUGGAUUUGGAAGUGGUGCUGCUCCACCAGUUUACGAUGAAAUUUUAACUCACGAAAUCUACGAUUUGAAUGCGACUCCAGAACUUCAGAAUUCCACACUUUGCUCGUGCCCAGGUGAUUCUACUUGUGAUUUUGAAUCAGAUUCCAAUGUUGUCAAGGUCGAUUACCACGUCACCUUGCGAUUCUGCAGUUUGGAGAAUAUAUCAACUGUGUGCAAACGCCAUGAUGUAAAUGUUAGAGUUAUUGGAGCAGCCCAAGCGUCUGGUGACAGCGUGCAAGACGUUUCGACCGCAAUGAUGUUCUGCAAUUGCCCGAAUGGAUUCUCGCGACAACCCGUUGAAGUUUGGUCGGGUCAAGACAUCUCACUCAACUAUAAGUGUCUUUAA